AAGCAUGUAAUGUAUUAUCUGUAAAAAAAUUAUUUUCUACAGUCAAAGAAGUAUCUAAUUUUGUGCGUGAUUCUCCCAAAAGAGUUGAUUUAUUUAAAAAAAAUAAAUAAAUGAAAUUUUGCCUUCAUCAAAAUCAGUUUUACUAGUAAAGUUGUGUGAAACUAGAUGGGUAGAAUUUCACGAGGCGAUUAUUCGGUUUUCCGAUAUGCUUAUACCUAUUGUACAAUUUUUGGAAGACAUGACAAUUAAUACGGAUGGAAAUAUACUUUCUAAAUGUAAUGAACUUCUUCAUUCAAUAUUGACUUUUGAAUUUAUUUUGGCCUUGGAAGUAGCAGUAGAAAUAUUGUCUUUGACUUUACUAAUAUCACGUAAAUUACAAGACCCUGGUUUGGAUUUGACUAAAUGCAUUGAAAUUAUACAGACUGUAUUAGAUGUUCUUAAAAACAAAAGACAAAAUGCAACAUUUAAUAACAUUUUUAAUCGAGCCGUAUCAAAAGCCGAAAAUUUAAAUAUUGAAGUUAAAACACCACGAAUAUGCAAACGACAAAUAAAUCGAUCAAACAACAUUACUUCAAGUCCUGAAGAAUAUUAUAAAAUUACGGUAUACUUCACAGUUUUGGACAAUUUCAUAACACCUAUUCAAUCCAAGUUUUUUGACAACCAAAAUCCAAUAUUAUUUAAAAUCCAACAACUGAUACCUUAUUAUUUACACAAUAAAUCUGAAGGACAUAUUAUAGAAGGUGCCACUUUUUAUGAAGCAGAUUUGCCUGAAUCCAUUGACGAAUUAAAAGGUGAAAUUGCAUUGUGGCAGCUGCAUUGGACUCAACAACCAGUAAAAAAGGAAAAAAUAAAUACAGCAAUAGAUGCAUUCAAAGAAACUGAAGAUGGGUAUUUUCCAAACAUUCGUCAACUUAUACUAAUUUUAGCAAUAUUACCAGUAACAACAUCGACAAGUGAGCGGCCUUUAGCUAAAACGCAUUAA